UGAAGGGAGAGUGAGCGGGGCUCCGCGGACCCUCGGCUCUGCUGGCAGAGUAGACUCCGGGGGCUCUCUGCCAAGCCACUGAUGGAAGUCGGCCUCGGAGUUGUUUGAAUUCCCCGCCAGCACUUCAGGCCGUCUUCUACAGACCUGUCGUCUCCCGCAGUGGAGUGGAAGCGAUCUCUUCGCUCCACAGCUGCGCUUACAUUUAUUAGCUUUGAAAUUCAGAAACAAUGGAGAAGACUCAAGAAAAAGUCGAAAGAAUUCUUCUAGAACCCUACAAGUACUUGCUUCAAUUACCAGGUAAACAAGUGAGAACCAAACUUGCACAGGCAUUUAAUCAUUGGCUGAAAGUCCCAGAAGACAAGCUACAGAUUAUCAUCGAAGUGACAGAAAUGUUGCAUAAUGCCAGUUUACUCAUCGAUGAUAUUGAAGACAAUUCAAAACUCCGCCGUGGCUUUCCGGUGACACACAGCAUCUAUGGAAUUCCAUCUGUCAUCAAUUCUGCCAAUUAUGUAUACUUUCUUGGCCUGGAGAAAGUCUUAACCCUUGAUCACCCAGAUGCAGUAAAGCUUUUUACCCGCCAGCUUUUGGAGCUCCAUAAGGGACAAGGCCUAGAUAUAUAUUGGAGGGAUAACUACAUUUGUCCCACUGAAGAGGAAUAUAAAGCUAUGGUGCUGCAGAAGACAGGUGGACUCUUUGGAUUAGCAGUGGGUCUCAUGCAGUUGUUCUCUGAUUACAAAGACGAUUUAAAGCCAAUAGUUGAUACACUUGGGCUCUUUUUCCAAAUUAGAGAUGAUUAUGCUAAUCUACACUCCAAAGAAUAUAGUGAAAACAAAAGCUUUUGUGAAGAUAUAACAGAGGGAAAGUUCUCAUUCCCUACUAUUCAUGCCAUUUGGCUGAGGCCUGAAAGCACCCAAGUGCAGAAUAUCUUGCGCCAGAGAACCGAAAACAUAGAUAUUAAAAAAUACUGUGUACAUUAUCUUGAGAACGUAGGUUCUUUUGAAUACACUCGGAAUACUCUUAAAGAGCUUGAAUCUAAAGCCUAUAAACAAAUUGAUGAACUUGGUGGGAACCCUGAGCUAGUAGCUCUAGUAAAGCACUUAAGUAAAAUGUUCAAAGAAGAGAAUGAAAUAUAUUAAGCAAUUUUUGAUUAGGUCUAAUAGCUUACUUGAUUAUUUUGUCUUUUAGCUUAUCAUUUUAAGAAUUUGGAGCAAGCUGUUGUCUCUAAAAACUGAGUGGAUGGGGCAAUCAUUGUAGAAAAUCGGUGGAGUCAAAAGGAGUCGCAUAUAACAUCUGAUUUGAAUGUCAUGGUGUGAUGCGAUGGGUCUUUGUGGUCAGCUCUGCCAUGAAUAUUUGAUUGAUUCUGUCAAUAAAGAAUUCUACCCUGGCUGGUGUGACUCAGUGGAUUGAGUGCCAGCCUUCUAACGGAAAGAUUGAUUGUUAGAUUUCCGGUCAGGGCACAUGCCUGGGUUGUGGGUCAGGUCCUUGGUUGGGGGUGUGCGUGGGGCAACUGAUUGAUGUAUCUCUCACACGUCGAUAUUUCUCUCUUUCUCCCUUCCCUUCCCUCUCUAAAAAUAAAAAUCUUUUAAAAUUUUUCGAAAAAAAAA